AUGACAUCUGUUUAUUUAUUUUGGUAUCCUGGAAGUUCACAAGUAAGAACAUCCGAAGUAACUAUUGAAAAUGUAACAAUAAAAGUAACGCUUUCUCCUAAAUCUGUCUCGGAAGUUCCAUUGAUUGAAAUAGUUACGACGGGGUUGAAUAAACAGCAAAAUUUAUAUUACAGAAUUAAUAGCGAGGAGGAAUGGAAUCAAAUAUGGGUUUCAAAAUAUAGAACAUUCGUUCAGAAAUUACAACAUCCUGUGACACAAAACCAGCAUAUUCGUGUAUACUUUAAAUUAGAAAAUCCACUAGAUUUUCAAGCUGCAAAACCAAAAAAUACAUACACAAGCCCAUUUCUUAUUGAUAGAUUUAAUGAAAAUUCAAACAGAGAUUCACUAAAGGUUAGUACAACAAGUCCAUCGAAUAAUACAGCUUAUUCAAUACAAAAAUCACCUAAAAGUCCAAAAUCUUCUUUUUCAUAUAUUUCAGUGGAAACACCGAAGGAAAUAAUGAAAAACAGAGAUACAUUAAAAGUAGAAAAGCCAAAAAAUUCAUCACUAUCACAAAGUUCUCAGAAAAAGAAUCUAACGGUUAAUGAAAAUGAAUUUUCUUUCGGUUCGAAAUCAUCUCCGGUCCAAAAAUCUACGUCUACUUAUAAACAAUCAGAUAGAUUCGAUGAAAUCGAAAUUUCUCCAUCUUUAGCUAAAAAUCUAAAUUCUCCUCGAAGGCAAGUGCAAAACAACACAGAUAAACCGGACCAAAAGGAAAUUGAUUUAAUAUUUAAAGCAAGAGAUCAGAAAAUUCCAAUUUUAACUGCUGAUUCUGAUACCAAACAAAAUUCGGCAGAUUUGCCAACAAAAAGAAAGUCAUCUUCAUCUUCUGGAUCAACCCGUCGCAAUUCACUUCAUAAUGAUUUAGCUUCUCAGCAAAAUAAAAAUGAUAAAAUUGAUUCUCCAAAAGAUCCUCAAAAACCUUCUAACACUGCAUUAAAACCUGAUUCUGUUACAACUGGAACAGAAAAUCCAUCUAGUAAUUCAUUAAAACCCAAUUCUGUUCCAAGUAGAACAGAAAAAACAUCUAAUAAUUUAUUAAAACCUUCUUCUGCUCCGAGUACAAUGAAAAAUUCUAAUAAUAAUGCAUCAACACCUUCUUCUGCUCCAAGUAGAACAGAAAAUUCUUCUAGUAAUUCAUCAACAAUUAGUUCUGUUACGAGAAGAACAAGAAAUUCUAAUAAUAAGGCAUCAACACCUUCUUCUGCUCCAAGUAGAACAGAAAAUUCUUCUAGUAAUUCAUCAACACCUUCUUCUGCUCCGAGUACAAUGAAAAAUUCUAAUAAUAAUGCAUCAACACCUUCUUCUGCUCCAAGUAGAACAGAAAAUUCUUCUAGUAAUUCAUCAACAAUUAGUUCUGUUACGAGAAGAACAAGAAAUUAUGUUCAAGUUACGAAAGAUGACAAAUCAUGUGCUGAAUAUGUUGGAAUUGGCAAUUUGGGAGCAACAUGUUACAUGAGUUCAUUUCUCCAAGCUCUUUUCCAUCUUCCUGUCUUCAGGAAACUUGUUUUUCAGAUAAACACUGAUGACAUUCUAGUUCGUGGUUUGCAGCAAAUGUUUCUUGAUUUGCAAACAUCGAAAGAAGCAGUUAAAGCAGAUGAUUUGAUCAGAGCAUUCGGCUGGAGCGAAUUCCAUGCAUUCGAGCAACAUGAUGCACAAGAAUUCUUCAUCAAAAUCAUCAACAGAAUCGAAGAAGAAGUUUGCAAGAAAAAUGACGAAAUCAACAAAAUUUUCAAAUCAAUUUUUGUUGGAAAAAGUCGUUCAUUCAUCAGACCAAUCAAUCCCACAGACUUCAAAGAGAUAGAUAGUAUAGAAGAGUUCUCACAGAUCUCUUUAGAUGCUAUAGGAAACAAAACUAUCAAUGAAAGUUUAACCAAAUAUUUAACACCAGAAAAACUUGAUGGAGAUAACAAGUACAAGAUUGAUGAUAAAGAAUAUGAUGUUUUAUUGGGAACAGAGUUCAUUGAAAUGCCAACAGUUCUACAGAUCCAAUUAAUGAGGUAUUCUUAUGAUUUGUACACAGGAGAAGAAAUGAAACUUUAUUCUCCUUUUGAAUUUUUUGAUGAAAUUAAAAUUCCUUCCCAAAAUGGAUUGAUUGAAUACUCUUUGUAUUGUGUGAUUGUCCAUUUCGGAAUUGUAAAAAAUGGACAUUUCUACUGCUUAAUUAAACCAGAUAAAGGAAAUCAAUGGUUCGAGUUUAAUGAUAUGGCUGUGAGACCUGUUACAAAUGAUGAAGUGUUUGGAGCUGCAGAACAUGGACCAAGACAAAACGCUUAUUUGCUGCUUUACGUGAGAAAGGAUAAAAUUAAUGAAGUUUUUAUUAAAAUUGAUGAAAAUGUAUUACCAAAACUACAAAGAGUUGAAACUCCUCCUUCAGCAAUCUUCCUUGUAGAAGGAAAACAAAAUGACUCAAAACUCACUCAAAAACCAUUUGAAAGUCAUGGAAUUGAAGAAAUUAAAGAAGAAAAACCAAACUUGAAUCAAAAACCAGGAUCUAGAAUGGUUGGAAAUAAAUCCUCUGGUACUGGAAUUAGCCCUCCAAAUUACACACAAAGAAAAUCCUCUCAGGAAGAUAGAAUUGAUCCUCUUUCAAUCUUAGAUCGGAUAAAUGAAAUAAAUAGUCAGGGAAUGCAAAGUAAUAACAACCAAUUAAAUCAACAGCCAAAACCUUUUGAAAAACCUCAAAACAAACGUGAACUAAACAUAUCUUUUGAUUCUGAUGAUCCUCAACCAAGUUCCACAAAAGAAAAUCCUACAAGACUAACAGAAACUGUUUCAAGACAAACAUAUAAUGUUUCAAGACAAACAGAAAGAUUUUCAAGUUCGACACCAAAAGGAGUGAAUUCAGAAAAUCAAAAUAAACCAGUAAAUGAUGUUAGAAAAGUAAAGAUAUUUUUGGAAACAGAGGAAGGAUUGAAGAUGAAUAGUUACAGAUUCAAUUUCAACAUUAUUUGUCCAGCAACACAAAAACCAGUAGAUAUUCCAGAGAAUUACACAAGAGAUGAUAUAAUUAAAGAAAUUAAGAAACAAUUAAAAAUCAACGGUAAAUUUGUAAAUCUCUGGAGAAUUGAUGAGAAAAACAGAAUUGAAGGAAUUUUAGAUGAAAAAACAAGAGCAAAAGACAUCAGAUGUCAUUUAUAUCUUCAUUUAUCAGAAGAACCAUAUAAUCCUAAUGAUACCUACAACUUUGUUUACAUUCACUCAGAAAACACUUUUCCUUUCUUAUUCUUCUACAAAUUCCUUCAAAGAGACAAAUUUAUGAAAUUAGAUAAAUCAUUUUUGAAAUUAUUGGGUAUCAAUUACCAGAAGUACAUAAAAAUCUAUAAUAUACAUGAUGGAGAACUACAUCAUGAUAUGAAUACUAAUUAUGAUCCAAUUGUUUAUUCAAUUUAUGAAAAUAUUCCUAAUAUCAAUGAAUUUGUUGACAAAAAUGUUUUGGAAAACUCAAAUCUUAUGAAUUCUUAUGUUUAUUUGAUGAACAAUAGUCAUUCCACCUUUAGAUCUAUGUACAAAACAAUGUUCCCUUCACAGACAAUACUUGUCAAAGAUUUAACAAAGCCUGACAGUGAUUUUGUUGGUUUUGAAGUUCCAAAGAGUAUUUAUAUGAAUCAAUUCACUCAAUAUUACAGAAUUGUGACAUCAAAAGUAAAUGGAAAAUUAUCAUUCUUCAAGAAAUCGGAAGGAACUGAAAGAUUACAAAAUGUUUAUAGUUUGGAUACUGAUCACAUUUUCUCUUUCCCUUCUCGAAGAUCAAUAAUUGAAGUGAAAUACUACACUGGAAUUAAAUACGAAAAGAGUGAAUACAUCGAAGAUGAUUUAACUAAAAUCAUGGAAUUGAAUCGUUUUCCUACUGUAAAAUAUGUUCGUAAUAACGAAUUUUCUGUCAGUUCAACGUACAUUGACUAUAUUAGAGUUGAUUACAAGCAUUACAACCGUCCUAUUACAGUUCAUGAGUGUAUUAAUACAAAUUAUGUUGAUAUUUAUUUAGUUGAAGGAAUGAGUUCUUAUGAUGAAAUUAUGGACAUAAUUUCUGAAAAAGUUUCACAAGAGUUUGCUGUAUAUUAUGGAUCUAGAUAUAGGUCUUUCCCAUUUACAUCAGAAACAAAGCUCAAUACAAUUACAGAUUUAUUUGUUAAUGUUACUAUGUCUAAUUCGUUUAUAAUGUAG